AACAAACACAUAUAUAGAGGGUGCGGUUGGCAGAUGAGGCAAAGCCACAGCUUUCUUUGUAAACGCCGACAACAUUUUGUAUCUUUCUGAAAAAUGCCCAUUACUAAUUUCGCAAUUGAAUAUGAUGCUGUCAAUCAACAAAACAUCUUCACCAACGGCGAUACUGUCAGAGGAAGAAUCAUUGUGGAGGUGUUAAAAGAGACUCGAAUCAAAUCACUGACUUUGAUAGCAAAAGGAAAAGGAGAGGCCCAUUCAUCUAAUGAAGACAGCACUUUUAGUGUUUAUGACAAAUACUACACCUUCAAACGUCAAAUCUUGGCAGAAGCAAGGCAAGACGGUGAAACUUUUGAGAGUACCAAAGUUAUUUCUCAAGGAAGACAUGUAUUUCCUUUUUCCUUCAAGAUUCCUGACAGAGAAAUCCCCUCGUCGUUCAAAUGCGCUUUAUGUGAAAUUGUUCAUAAGAUCAAGGCAGAGCUCAAACAACCAAUGAAGUUGCCAAGAAAGGCUGAAACCUACUUCAAAUUUGUCUCCAAACCAACUAUGGAUAUAACUGGACUGAUGGUGCCUUGGCAUGGUAGCAAUUAUACAAGUGUCAAAUUCUUUGGUUCCGGAGCAGUUACAAUGGACGUUUAUAGUGACAGAAUAGGAUGCAAGCAAGGCGAAACGCUCCAAAUCCGAGUUGAAAUCCUAAACCAUUCAACUCGUUCAGUGACACCAAUAUUAAAGUUCUACCUGAAGGAAAAUUCCAAUGGAAAUGGCCUGCAAAGUAUAGUUGUAAAAAAGAUCCUUCAGAUGGAGGGCAAGGCUGUCUCGUCCAGUAGCAAAGGCACGGUGAUGAAAGCGAUUGCCAUCCCCAGACGACUGCCACCCUCCAUCUUGAACUGCAGCAUCUUCAGGUUGGAGUACGAGCUGAAGGUUUAUCUGGAUAUCAAGUACACAAUCGAUGAGGGUGUCACGAUUCCAAUUGUUGUCCUUCCUGACAUGCGACAACAGCCAAGCCCAGUAGCGUUUGACGUCACACCCCAACAACAGGCAACACUCCAACCUUUGGACUCUCCUCCUGCCUAUGAAACCUUGUUCCCUUCUUAGUGUGGUUAUGACAUACUACAAGGAAGUUGACCAUUAGAACACCAAUUAACAGCUGCAAGUGAACUGGAACUGGAACAAAUGUGUCGUGUACUUGCCGAAAUAAACAAUUCAAACCAAACCAAAGAUGGCAGCAACUACGUGUGAGCAAAACCAAAGUAAGGCAUAUUUUUCAUGGGAAACUGUCCAAAUUCCAACAGGACAUAUCACCAUAUUUCUACAAAUGAGCAGACAAUAAUCAGUUCCUUACUGGUACUGACACGUGAACCACUUCUUGACGCAGCCAGGCUUUAUUGAUGACAUACAUCAAUGACCUCAAUUCCCUAUGACAAAUCGCACUUUGAAAAGCGCUUCAAAAAUUCCGUCCUGAAUGACAUGAAUCAAAUACAAUCCCACACCAAAAUGCUUUAUUCCAGAACUGAUUUGUUAGCCCACUUUGCCAUAUAUACUUGACUGACAGCAAUUAAUAAAUGAGAAGAAGUCAAUUUGAGUUGAAAAA